AAAAUUAGUAAACAAGAUUUUAAUCAAAAUAGCUUCAUUUGAGUUAUUUUAAGUAAAAAUGCAUGGAAGAUUAAAGGUUCGUACUUCAGAAGAAGAAAAGGUUAAAAGAGAAAAGGAGAGACAAGAAAAACUAAAGGUUUUCAAACAUGCAAUGCAUGUGAUUCAAAAUAAGAGAAAAAAAUGUGAGCUGGACACUGAGCAGUUAGAUGUAACUGGCCAAGUAUUGACCAAGAAUCCAGAUAUAUAUACUUUAUGGAAUAUAAGAAGAGAAAUAUUGAUUGUUUUUAGACAUAAUCUUCCUGUGAUGGAAAUGACUAAAAUGUAUGAUGCAGAGUUGAGUCUAACUGAGUAUUGCUUAAAAAUAAACCCAAAGUCAUACUGUGCUUGGCAUCAGCGAGAGUGGGUUUUAAUGACUAGAAGUGAUCCUGAUUGGCAAAAGGAGCUUGCUCUGUGUAAUACAUAUUUGAAACUGGAUGAAAGAAAUUUUCACACAUGGGAUUACAGACGAUUUGUGGUAAGCCAGUGUAAACCAGAUUUACAAGAAGAGUUUAAUUAUACAACUGAAAAAUUACAUGACAACUUCUCCAAUUAUUCAGCUUGGCAUUAUAGGAGCAAAAUGUUACUUCAGCUAUUUCCAGACAAAGAAGGGGGAAGACCAAUACAAGAUAGUCAUUAUAAGCGAGAAUUAAAAAUGGUGCUUAGUGCUGCCUUUACUGAUCCAGACGAUACAAGUGCUUGGUUCUAUCAACGGUGGCUUUUAGGUGCAGUUAAAAAUAUUACACAAAUAGUAGUCUGUACGGUUACACCCUCAAAAGUUUCUAUUGCUAUUAAUAAUAGUGUUUCGAUAAGUUAUAUUAAAGAAAAAAUAAAAUUAAUAAUAAACAAUUGUGAAGUGAUUGGGGAAUGGAAAUCAUGUCUUGGAAAUGAGUAUGAUGAUCUAUGGGUUUUAAAUCAUGACCAGAGUAUAAGAAAUCAUUUAGAUAUAAAGGUGGAGCAUAUAUUAGGUGAUGAUGAAAUAAAGGUAAUGAGCCUUAGUGAACUGAAGCCAGGCUUUUAUGUAGGAAGAAACAAGAUAUCUUUUCAGAACAACUAUUCUAGUACAGUUUUGGAUGAACUCAAAGAGCAGUUAGAUGCCUGUCGUCAAUUACUUGAAUUGGAACCAGAUAAUAAAUGGACACUCCUUACAACUGCAUUCUUUCUACACUGUGUUGAUGCAAAAGCAUACCACAAAGAGAUAAUUGAUAUUAUAAGCACUCUGAUUAAUAUUGAUGAACAAAGAGCUGGUUAUUAUAAUGAUUUAAAAUCAAAAUGGUGUAUAGAAGAUAAUAUACAAGAAAAUUAUGCAAAUUUAACUCUAGACUACAAAGUAGAGUCUAAGAAGCUAUCAAGUCUACCUCACUUGCAGUAUUAUAGCUUUUGUGAAGCAGUUGACCUAUCCAACCAAAAUCUUACUUCAAGAGUAUUGCCUGGUUUAAUAAAAUUACAACAUUGUAAGAAACUAAAUAUGUCAAACAACAAGUUGACUUCAUUACAAGGAUUUCCUAACUUAACUUUGGAAGAACUUGAUAUCACGGACAACCCUUUAAUUGAAAAUCACGUAGAACAGUUAAGGAAAAAACUUAAGAAUACAAAAAUAAUGUUUUAACAUAAAACAGUAAAAUUUUAAUGAUUAUA